CACGACGCCUCUUUGAGUUUGAGAAAAUCCUUACUACAACCUCGUGCAUUCUAUUUCGAAAGGCUCUGCAGACCGGAGGUUCAAUCCGUGGGCAAUAGUCGAAUUCAAUCAGUAUUCAGCCCACCGCUCUCUGACGUUUUGACUCUUCCCGGUUUGAAGGCCAAUCUUUUGUUCGGAACACGUUCGGCACCCGGUGCCUCCUCACGUCUGCGGGAUUGAUUCCUGCGGACCUUGCAACAAACAAACCUCCUCCGGCAGGGUGGUUUUGGUGCAUGGUGUUUGUUGCUCUCGUUUCUUCCCUCCGUGUUUUUCUUUUCGUGCUUGGCAGGGGCGACCAAAGGGCUUGCUUAUCUAAUGCCGAACCCGGUGGUGGUGUUUCGCUGGUUUGCGCGAUUUGAUGCAACAAUCAACGCCUUUAUUAAACCCCGUCGCACGGCACACGGACGGCUACCCGUUGCGUGGUACGGAGAAAAAAGCUUCAUUACCGCUGCUGUCUUUCCUGCGACGUAGCAAGAGGACUCUCGCCCGCGGUCCCAGCACCCACCACAGUUGGUGCCUUGUUCCACAGCAUUCGAGUUUUGUCAUGUGGCAUGGUCUUGAACAACAGGUACGUGUCGUGGUUGACGCAGAAGAUAGAGCGGGCGAGGAGACCUCCCUUCGUCAAGAUUGCAAGAGCGCGGCUGCAGAGAGACUUCGCCGUGCUGCUGAUGCGGUCGAGCUACCAGGUUGUUGAUGAGCUUGACUUCGUUCCGAUGGACGAUUUUCAGAAGCAGUUUUUCCUGCUGCGACAGGGGGAGUGGCUCGGCUACAAGCAGAAUUUCCCGCGAAUAAAGCAGGGCGAUUUGGCAGACCCGGAUUACUUCGACUUCAUCAGCUUCGCGCAGUACGCCUCCGUCGCGGAGGCCAUGAGGAACGGCCGGGACUUCUUCGAGGAGAAGGCCUACUGUACAGAGGCGUUCGGCUCUACCAAGCUAGCGCCGGUGGUGGCGCAAGGGCAGACGGUCGCCGAGCUCCGGGAGGGGUGCGACCGAAUCAUGAACCUUUUGCGGCUCAACUUUUACACGCUCGACUACGCCGUGACGGCAGACUUGGAUCGCAAGGUCCUUACGGUCAGGGCUACGGCACCCGCCACCAUCUGGGGGCAGCAGGUGCUGGCGCAGCGGCGAGAUCGUCCCGCAAACGACUUUGAGGCCAAGGUCAUCUCGGCGUACCUGCGAGCCUGCGGUCUCGAGGGCGCCACGUACUCGACGGCUUUCAGCAACUUGGAUGCGGUGCACACGUUCCGGUUAUGA